AUGUCACACACACACGAGCAUCAAGGAAACAUGGACAUGCCUCAUGAUGAUAUGCCUAUGGUGAUGAACAUGAUGAUGCAAAUGAAUUUCUAUUGGGGUAAAGAUGUGACAAUAUUAUUUAAAGGAUGGCCAGACAACAACCUAAGCAUGUACAUAUUGUCUUUGUUCUUUGUUUUCUUUAUGGCUUUUGGUGUCGAAAUUAUGUCGAUGGGUUCGAAAAUGAUCAUCAAGAGGCCCAUAGUUGGUGGACUAAUUCGGGAUGGGAUUUAUUACACUGUUCGAAUGGUUCUUGUUUAUUUUGUUAUGCUUGCUGUUAUGUCCUUCAACAUUGGUAUUUUCAUUGUUGCUAUUUUAGGCCAUGGUUUGGGCUUCGUCGUUGUUAAAUUCCUUGAACUUGCCGCGGCUGAGACAACGACGGACUCAAAUGCUACUGAUCCUAAAGUUUGA